GAGCCUGCUCGCGGGGAGCCUCGGUGAGCUGCAGCCGGCCGUCCUCCGGGCCGGCGCUCCAGCAGCCGGGCGGGCAGGUGACUGAGAAAAUGUAGCAGAUCAACAGCUGAGGCAACACCUGCCGGGAGCUUGGAGUGGACACCCCCGCCCAGACAGAGCAUCUGCCCCGGGUGUCCCUCUGGCCAUCCAGCCUCACCAUGUCAAAGAAGGGCGCAGGCAGCCGGGCCAAAGGAGACAAGGCGGAGGCUCUCGCUGCGCUGCAGGCCGCCAACGAGGAGCUGCGCGCCAAGCUCACGGACAUCCAGAUCGAGCUGCAGCAGGAGAAGAGCAAGGUCAGCAGAGUGGAGCGGGAGAAGAGCCAGGAGCUGAGGCAGGCGCGCGAACACGAGCAGCGCAAGCACGCGGUCCUGGUCACAGAGCUCAAGACCAAGCUGCACGAGGAGAAAAUGAAGGAGCUGCAGGCUGUGCGCGAGGCGCUGCUGCGGCAGCACGAGGCUGAGCUCCUGAGGGUCAUCAAGAUCAAGGAUAACGAGAACCAGCGGCUGCAGGCGCUGCUCAACACCAUGCGCGACGGCGCGCCCGACAAGGUCAAGACGGUGCUCCUGUGUGAGGCCAAGGAGGAGGCCAAGAAGGGAUUCGAGGUGGAGAAAGUCAAAAUGCAGCAAGAGAUCACCGAGCUCAAGGGGGCCAAGAAGCAGGUAGAGGAGGCGCUGACGAUGGUGAUCCAGGCAGACAAGAUCAAGGCUGCGGAAAUCCGGAGCGUGUACCACUUGCACCAGGAGGAGAUCAGCCGCAUCAAGAAGGAGUGUGAGCGGGAGAUCCGCAGGCUGAUGGAGGAGAUAAAAUUUAAAGACAGAGCAGUCUUCGUGCUGGAGAGAGAGUUAGGGGCUCAAGCCGGGCAUGCUCAAAGACUGCAGCUUCAGAAAGAGGCUCUAGAUGAGCAGCUUUCGCAGGCCAGAGAGGCUGAGCGGCACCCAGGCAGCCCCAGACGAGAACUUCCUUAUGCAAGCGGUGCAGGAGACGCCUCAGACCACUCAGGAAGCCCUGAACAGCAGUUGGAUGAAAAAGAUGCCCGGCGCUUCCAACUUAAAAUCGCCGAGUUAAGUGCCAUCAUUCGUAAACUGGAGGACCGUAAUGCCUUGCUGUCAGAAGAAAGGAAUGAGCUGUUAAAGCGUUUAAGAGAAGCUGAAAGUCAAUACAAGCCACUGCUGGAUAAAAACAAACGCCUUACUCGGAAAAACGAAGAUUUGUCUCACACAUUACGGCGAAUAGAAAGCAAGUUGAAAUUUGUCACCCAGGAGAACAUGGAAAUGAGGCAGAGAGCCGGGAUCAUCCGGAGACCCAGCUCCCUCAACGACCUUGAUCAGAGUCAGGAUGAGAGGGAGGUGGACUUCCUGAAGCUUCAAAUUGUAGAGCAGCAGAGCCUCAUUGAUGAGCUCUCCAAGACCCUUGAAACGGCUGGCUAUGUGAAGAGCGUGUUAGAGCGUGAUAAGCUUUUACGGUAUCGGAAACAAAGAAAGAAAAUGGCGAAACUCCCCAAGCCAGUUGUCGUGGAGACUUUCUUUGGAUAUGAUGAAGAAGCUUCCUUGGAAUCCGAUGGUUCUUCCAUCUCUUAUCAAACUGACAGGACAGACCAGACCCCUUGCACACCAGACGAUGACUUGGAGGAGGGCAUGGCCAAGGAGGAGACGGAGCUGCGGUUCCGCCAGCUGACCAUGGAGUACCAGGCGCUGCAGCGAGCCUAUGCCCUGCUGCAGGAGCAGGUCGGAGGAACGCUGGAUGCAGAGCGAGAAGUUAAGACCCGUGAGCAGCUGCAAGCAGAGGUGCAGAGGGCACAGACGAGGGUGGAGGACCUGGAGAAGGCACUGGCGGAGCAGGGGCAGGAUAUGAAGUGGAUUGAAGAGAAGCAAGCGUUGUAUCGAAGAAAUCAAGAGCUUGUAGAGAAGAUAAAACAAAUGGAGGUGGAGGAGGCCCGACUGAAGCAUGAUGUCCAGGAUGCAAAGGACCAGAAUGAGCUGCUGGAGUUCAGGAUCCUGGAGCUGGAGGAGAGGGAGCGGAAGUCACCUGCCAUCAACUUCCACCACACGCCCUUCGUGGAUGGGAAGAGCCCCCUGCAGGUGUACUGCGAGGCUGAAGGCGUGACGGACAUCCUGGUGACAGAGCUCAUGAAGAAGCUGGAUAUCCUGGGGGAUAACGCCAAUCUGACGAAUGAAGAGCAAGUGGUUGUCAUUCAAGCCAGGACGGUCUUGACCUUGGCUGAGAAGUGGCUCCAGCGGAUUGAAGAGACUGAGUCAGCACUGCAACGGAAGAUGGUGGAUCUGGAGAGUGAGAAGGAGCUGUUCAGUAAACAGAAGGGCUACCUGGAUGAGGAGCUGGACUACAGGAAGCAGGCCCUGGACCAUGCCCACAAGCACAUCCUGGAGCUGGAAGCCAUGCUGUACGACGCCCUGCAGCAAGAAGCUGGGGCCAAAGUGGCAGAGCUGCUGUCCGAAGAGGAGCGUGAGAAGCUCAAGGUGGCUGUGGAGCAGUGGAAGCGCCAGGUCAUGAGCGAGCUGCGGGAGCGGGAUGCGCAGAUCCUGCGGGAGCGCAUGGAGCUGCUGCAGAUGGCACAGCAGAGAAUUAAAGAGUUAGAAGAAAGAAUAGAAGCUCAGAAGAGACAAAUUAAAGAACUGGAAGAAAAGUUUUUAUUUUUGUUCUUAUUUUUCUCCCUAGCUUUCAUUCUCUGGUCAUAGCUGGUCUUGGCACCCUGAGGAG